AAAGCUGUAGACAUACAAAAUCUCUUCGCCGACCACAAUUCUGUUUGUCUAAACGAUUUUAAUUCUUCCUUCGUUUGUCACUAUGGAAACACCGUCGUCCGAUGUAAAAUACCAUAAAUUAGCCACAGAAUAUUCUAAAAUCCGGGCUCAUGCAAAUGUACUGAAACGCGCGUUACUCGAAGAACAAAAUAAAAGUGCCGGCCUGCGUGAAUCGUUGCGACAAAAGGACACAUCGUUGAGACGUUUCGAACAGGAAGUGGAUAGUUUAGGCUUUCGGAACAAGCAAUUAGAACAUCGGGUUGCAUCGUUGCAGGAAGAUCUAGAUAGAGAAUGUAAGCAGAAACAGUCGAACAAAAAUUCGAAAACGACAAAAUCGAAAACUGCAUCGACCGUAGAUACAACGCAACAUAAUGACAUCGCAUCGGAUAAACUAUUUGUGGAAGAAUUUCAAAAGAAAAUCUUAGAAAAUUCUCAACUGGUAUCAUUGGUGGCAGACAAAAGUUCGGAGAUUGAAUUGCAAAUGAGUCGAAUCGCCGAAUUGGAACAGCAGUUGUCAAAUGUUGGCGUUCAGCGUGCAGAAUGCGAACGAAAUUUGCGUAAAGAGAUUGAAAAUUUGAUUGCGAAAAAUUCGUCACUGGAAACGAAAUUAUCGGAUGAGACCAGCAUUAUUGGAAGUGACGAUGCGUUGAGUGUAUCGGAGAGUGAGCACACACCUACCCAUUUACUGAAUUCAAGCGACGAACGAAUCUCAAAAUUGGAACGAGAAGUAUUCCAUUGGAAAACCAAAUACGAACUGCUCGAAAAAGGGAAUGCGUUGGAAAUAUCAACCGAAAACAAUACGAAAAUUGGUGCUACAAUAACCGACAAUGCAACGAAGGAUUCCAUUUUGUACAAUCAUUUCAAUAAGAAGUUAGAUGAUUUAUUCGAACAAAAGUGUUUGGCUCAAUCGAAGGCAAUUAACAUGGAGGCCGAAAGUGAAUCACUGCGCAGGAAUUUGACAAUAUUGCAGAGUCAAUUGUCCAAAAACGAGCUAAAAUUUGUCGAUACUCAACGGAAUUGGCAGAUAGCCGAAGAGGAUCUGGCUACUACCCGAAUUAAUUACGAAGAACAAAUUAGUGUGUUGACUGAACAAGUGAUAAGUUUAAGCGAGCAAUUAGCUGAAAUGAAAUAAUUUUUAAUAAAAAUGAGAUGAGGACGAAAAAUUUUGUAAAUUUUAUAAAAAAAACUGUUUUUGGAAAUGUUUAUUAUAAUGUAUCUGAAUUUGAAAUUAUUGAUAGAGAACAAAACAAAAUAUUUAUCUAAUGUACCGCCGAAGUUGAUAUUAAAUUGAGAUUACUUUCCGGA